UGCUGAACAGUGUAUCUUUGCUGAAUGUGUUAUUUCUUUCGGGCAUUCCAGAAUAGUGUGGCUCAACAAGCUUAACCCAUCAUGCCUGUGUAUUUCGAUGGUUACAAGCACCCAAGUAGUAAUAAAAUGUCUUGGAAACUUGAUCAAUUCUGUUGUGGGUGCUCACUUCGAACUGGCACCAAAGUAAUCGGCUCACUGUUUUUGCUGGGUGGAGUUUCGGUACUCGUUUACGCGUUAGUCGAAAUUUCUAGUUUCAAUUUUCGAGGUGGGGAUGCUUUACCUAACCAACCUCACCCAAAACUGCCAAUUGUGAGUGUCGUCAUGUCGGUAGUGGCGAUUGUUUUUUCAAUUCCUGUUUUGUUUACGUCGAAUAUAAAUCCAAAUCCGAGACUUCUCGUGCCUUUGCUUGUGAUCAACAUCCUGUCAUCACUUACAGUGAUUGCAUUCUUUUUAUAUUUGGCUAUAGUUAAAUCAAUGACAUCAGGUGUAGACGACAUUGUCGGGAACAUAAUCAUAGCUGCAGGUCUCAUUUCAGGAGCUGUUUGGUUGUACUUUUGGUUGAUAAUCUACAGCUUCUAUCAUGAACUGGGAGCAAUGAAAGAGCAACCGCUUCUCGACCAGCAAACUUAAUUCAGAAGUCGGGAAU